AUGGACACUGAUGAGGCUGAACUGAUGGGCACUGAGCAGGCUGCACUGAUGGGCACUGACCUAACCCAGGUCAGACUGAACCAGGGGCAAACUGACAACUCAUGGGGCCCCCGGGCAAUAGGGGAUCAUGGGGCCCCUGUGUCCUUGCCCAAACUCAAAAAAAGCCUAUGAAAAAGGUACCAGGGGCAUCUCAUGGGGCCCCCUACUGACCCCGGGCCCUCGGGCAGUGCCCGAGUUUCCAAAUGGUCAGUCUGCCCCUGGAC